CACAACUUUGCCCACCCAUCGCGCCGACACGUGCCUGGAAAUGAUGGUUCGAGGACGAUGAGAUACCUAGAGUAUCGGCUGGAAGAUCUCUGAGCGAACCCUCCCGAUUUCUGUACAGCACCACCGGUUCAAUCCUCUUGAUGAUCAUCUCCCUGGAUCGCAUCGAUGCCGCAAGCCAAUGGCUCAGCGACGGCCUCCUCUCUAGACUCUGCCGACUAUGACCCCAUCGAACACCUCAACGCCAUCUUCUCCACCCCCUCUUCCCUCGCCUUCGUUCCCGAUGUCUCGUCCUCCCUUGAGCGCUACCAGCGCGACUUGGACGUCGACAUCUCCGCCCUCAUCACCACCCAAACCACUUCCGAUGCCGAUAGUGUACGGCGGAUUCAAGAUGCCAAAGCCGAACUUGCAGAGCUGUUUGCCAAGAUUGACAAUGUGCGCGAGAGAGCUUUACAAACCGAGCGCACCAUCAUGGAGAUGACGGCGGACAUCAAGAAGCUGGACAGCACCAAGAAGAACCUCACCCUGUCCAUGACUGCGUUGAAGCGGCUACAGAUGCUCACCACCGCCUACGAACAACUUCGUGCCCUCAUCCAGACCAAACAAUAUCGCGAAUGUGCCCAACUGUUGCAGGUGGUGAUCCAGCUGAUGGAGCACUUCAAGCGCUAUCGAAGCAUCGAUCAGAUUGCCGCACUGAGCAAGAGCGUGGCCGAUCUUCAGAGAGAGCUUCUGGAGCAGGUCUGCGAGGAUUUUGAGGUCACCUUUGCAAGAGCAGAGGUGCAGCAAAAGAGGACGAUGCUGGCCGAAGCAUGUCAGGUCAUGGAUGCGCUCGGGGAUCAUGCCCGCACACGCUUGACCACCUGGUAUUGUAACACACAGCUACGAGAGUAUCGACAGGUCUUCCGGGGCAACGACGAAGCUGGCUCGCUCGACAACAUCUCCCGACGAUAUUCGUGGUUCAAUCGCAUGCUCAAGACUUACGAUAGCGAGCACGCCACACUCUUCCCACCCCACUGGCGCGUUAAUGAAAUGCUCGCCAAUGCAUUUUGCGAAAACACAAGAGACGACUACCGAGGGAUCUUGCAGCGUUCCAUGCGAAGAGCGGACGGCCAGCCACCGGAUGUUGAGCUAUUGCUCUCCUGUCUGCAAGAGACCUUGGACUUUGAGCAUAGCCUGGAGAAGAGAUUUGCGGCUGGAGAGUCGAGAUCUUCCAUAGACACCGUCAACUCCUCCGACAACGACAAGCGCCAGGGCUUCAGCCAGGCGAUUUCCGAAGCUUUCGAGCCGUACCUUAGCAUCUGGGUGGAGUCGCAAGACAAGCAGCUCUCGACAUUGAUCCCCAAGUACCGCCAACAGCCAAUUCGCAAUCCCGAGGAAGAAUUCCACCCCCAACUCGUCAUCCCCUCCUCCACCGAGCUCUUCCACCACUACCGUGUCACGCUUGCACAGUGUGCCAAAUUGUCCACUGGCGGCAGAUUGCUGGAGCUGUCGCAGACAUUCGGCAGAUACCUGGACCGGUAUUCUCAGCAAGUUCUUGCAUAUCAUCUCUCUGACAAGACCGGUGGCGCAUCGGUGGAGGAUGCCGUCAUCAUUUUGAACACCGCCGACUACUGCUAUCAGACCACAAAUCAGCUAGAAGAGAAGAUUAAAGCCCGUAUCGAUGAGGAUUUGCGGCCAAAAGUGGAUUUGUCCACACAAGCCGAUGCUUUCAUCGGCGUUGCAUCCACCGCCUUGCGUUCGCUGGUGACCAAGACUGAGGUUGAUUGUGCCGCGGCAUGGCGCGAGAUGCGGAACGUACCCUGGGGAAAGAUGGAUAGCGUGGGAGAUCAGAGCACAUACGUCUCGUAUCUGCUGCAGCGCAUCCACGAUCGCAGCAAGGAGAUCCUCAAAUAUCUGCAAAAGCCGCAGUACUCCCGAGCAUACUGCGACAAUGUCGUCGACAGCGUGACGAACGCUUACCUGAACAACAUUGUUGCCGUGAAGCCGGUGUCGGAGACGGGAGCGGAACAGAUGCUGUUGGAUUUCUAUGUGCUGAAGAAGGGACUCGCCGAGCUUGCAACAAUCAAUGCGGACCCAGGCACGGCUCCCAAUGCUGCAUUUGUCAAGCGCGUGAACCAAAGCACAGCAAAGCUCGAUCCCGUGCUCAAAACCCUACAAGUGCGAUCUUCACCCGCAGAAGGGCUGGUGCAAGCAUACCUCAUCCACAUUCGUGAUCAGAGUGAGACGAACUUCCGCAAGAUUCUCGAGCUCAAGGGGAUCGUGAAGAAGGACCAAGCUCACCUUGUGGAGCUGUUCAAUGCUCACAAGGCCUCACCGACUAAUGAGGGCUUGCAGGCCAGUAACCCGCUCAUCGCUGGACUGAAUCUCACGGCUCCGCAAUCGUCCACAUCGAUGAGUGGGCUCGCAGCUCUGAAGGAUAGUGCGGUGAUCCCCGCUGCGCCGUCACUGCCUUCGCGGUUUGACCCGUCGAAUUUCGGCACGGCAAUCAUGAAUGCCGCCAGAGAUGCCGGCGAUCGAUUUGGUAGUCCGGGAUUGGUGGCGGGCAGUGGUGCAAAUACCACGACUGUGGCGAGUCGCGCUACGUCUCCGCCUGUGGGCGAAGGGGUGGUGACGGGGGGUGCGGAAGGCGGGGCUGAGAAGGCGUCGAUGAAUGAGAACUGGCAGAAGUUUGGCAAGUUUUUCCGCCGAGAGGGCUCGACGACGUUUGGCGGAUUCGGGGGCUUUGGAAAGAAGGAGGACGGUGGGGAGAAGAAGUAGUCUGGCAUCCACACUGUCAAUCUCUGCCAUUGUCGAAUCAUCUUCCACCUUUAUUCAAUGGGCGGGUUCGUCAGCAAAAACCUCCCUGGAGCGGCCUUUCCGGCAGAAAGGCCAAUCUCAUCGUCGAACUC